AUGGUUUGGGCUUCCAUCGCUGCUACGGGAAAGAUCCCUUUGGUUUUUGUGCCGCAAAAAGUCAAGAUCAAUGCGUACAAUUAUAAAAGAGACGUUUUGAGAAGGCACUGAUCCCAUGAGCCAGCUAACACUUUGGAAAGCAGUCCUGGAUUUUAUAACAAGAAUAAGAGGCCAAAGUCGUUCAAAAGUGGUGCAAGAAAGAGCUUUUUGGCUACGUUGACAAUUCAGAAUGGCCGCCGUUUUUACCGGAUCUCAAUCCGCUGGAAUACUCCGUUUAGAACGUUCUAGAGUCCUGUACUUCACCACAUCCAAAGAACGAGCCUCUGAAGACUUUCCUUGAGCGAGAAUGGAUCAAAAUCGUCGACGACUACCUCUCCGCCACGGUCAACGCGUUUCCCAAGCGUUUUCGUGUCUGCAAUAACGGUACACUUUUUGAAAACAUCUGAUGCUGUUUUGUUGUUAUUCACCAAGAAAUUCUGAAUUUUGACAGAUCUCUACAACGAAUCUCAGAAUUCGGUUUCAUCGAAAUGGGGUCAAAGGUUGCAUAAAGGUUAGAUGUUGAAUGAAAAAUUUUAAAAAUUGCUAUCCGAGUCAGGAGACUUCAACUAGGAAAUGAAAAAGUUCUGCCUUUCAAAUUAAUUUUUCGUUUUUCUAUUGUUUUUUUCCUCCUCAUUUUUUAAAAAUAAAAUUCUAGCUCUCUUAAUAAGUUCAAACCACUCCAAAGUACACCUCAAGCUCACGUGUGAUUUCGUAAUCAUUUGCUCCGAUUUUUGCAUUUUCGGAAUGCAGAGUACGUGCAAACGACCUUGAGGAAGGUCAUGCAACACAGCUGGAUAUGA